AUGCCGCGUCACACUUAUCCACCCACUUACCCUGUCAUUAAGAGCAAUGACCCUCAGACUCCAACUUCAUCUCCACCUAUUGGACAGAGUACCAAUUCUGCGAGUAAACUCCCAAUUGUCAAGCGAUCUCCUUCACCCAUCUACCCUGUCAUCAAGAGCAAUGACCCUCAGACUUCGAGGCCAUCUUCCCCUAUUGCACAGGGUAACAACGCUUCAGAAAGUGCCCCAACUGUCAAGCGAUCUCCAGCUAUUGGACAGAGCUACAAUACUGCGAGUAAAGUCCCAAUUGCCAAACGACCUCUUCCGUCUAAUGAAAAGAAAGAACUCAAGGUAACCACUACAAGGAAAAACCUGGUUCAGUGGCACGACUUCAUGAGAAACCAUCAGAAGAAAGUCCCUGGCAAAGUCCAUGCAAUCGACGUUCUCAUCGGCGAUGCUGUCAUUCCGCAUGAAAUCUGGUCGAAGCCUCAGUCGGAACGGCCCUUCCACUUUCGAUACAGGGGGCAGUCCAUGCUUUUGCAAGAUGUAUGGAGGGUUCGAGACGAUGAGGUGGCUUCGAAGGAUGCGCCUGUUCCAGCCGGUACAUCGCACCUUCCCGAGGGCGACUAUCCCCACAUGCCUGAUCGGAUUCGAAUCAAUGGGGACUCCCUCCAGAAGCUGCUCGAAAAGCUUCUAAACAUUGAAAUCCACCAGAAAGGCUCCCCGAUUGUCUUGCUUAAACCGUUCAAACUCCUCGUGCAGCAUGAAAAGGCAAUCCGCGAUCUCCACACCCAAUUGCGAAAGAAGUUCGGUCCGAUCGCGAUCACAGAGCAGUUCCCGAACUGUCCUUCCAACCAGACUCCGGAUGAUCCGCAGCCAUCAUCUCAGAGUGGGUAUUUUUCCAUCGAAGAAAAAGAAAAGUUGUUGAACGAAUAUGGCACGGAGCAAGCGUACAGAGAGCUGUCUUGCUUGGUCGACUUCAUGGACAACGAGCUCAAGCCUAUCAAGGCACUCGAAAGCGGCUUAGUUGAGAAGACCUACUACUCGGUGCAAGCCUUCAAAGAACUGCCCUGCUUGGAAGACUUCAUUGACGACGAGCCCAAGCCCAUCAAGGCACCCGAAAGCACCUCUGUUGAGAAGGUCUACUACUCUGAUCUUUGGCAUCUUUUCAAGACUGGUCAAGUGGUAAUCACUCGAGAGCCCCUUCAAGCCUACCGUGUGCUCUGUGCAACGGGCGGUCGUUCAUACCUGUUUCCACCCAAGAGCGAUGAUGACGACCUUGAUGAUCUCAGUAAGAGGUACAUUGUUCCAGCCAAAGGGAGUGACUUCCUCGUGCUCUGCUAUCAGAUUCAGUACGACGGGCAUAGGUUUGGUCCGGUUACACGCACCUUCACUAUUCAACCGUUUUCUGGUGCACGAAGUAUCGAGGAUCUUCCCAUCUACCCUCUUCAAUUCGCUCAAGAUUCGAAGGUCAAAAAGACGCUUCAGUGCAAUGGUGAGAAGUUCUUACAUGUUUCUAGAGGCGGCCAUUUUCAAUACAACGGACCGAAUCUGCAUGACGGGGGUGAAAUCGAUAGCCAGGUGAUUGUUGAUUUUGAGACAGCCCUCUGGGAUGAUCGCGAUAAAGACCCGAGUUGGAACUACAUGGUACAAUUUGGCAUCAGUCCACCAAUGGGUGCAAACGAAGCAGAAGUUGUCAUGGUGUCUCCGGGAGGCUGUCGAGAGAAAGACUGCUGUGAAAAUGACCGCGUCUUCAACGACUUUGGCAUUGACCGUCAGAACAUGGAGGACUUCAUGGCUAAGCAUUCAUUGUUGAAUACAGAUGCUUGCAACUUCGACGGCAACUCGGGCAAUGCUUCAGAGGAGGACCUCAUUAUCUUCCCUUGCAGUGUAUUCGCGUUUGUGCUGAAGACUCGACAAUGGGCUGUGGUCGACCUCAAUCAUGUUGUUUUGGAUAUCGCGGAUGAUAUAAAAGAACGUGGAUGGAACUCGUUGGCUUUGCCAGCUGGUCACAAGAGAAUCGUCUAUUCUCUUGUUCGGGGGCAUAUCCGCCACAGUGGCGAGGAACCGAACGGGAACUCACAAUCAGACUUGAUCGGAGGAAGAGAAAAAGGACUUACCAUUCGCCUAUAUGGUGCAACGGGAGUGGGAAAGACGUCGACUGCUGAAUAUGUAGCAGAGGUUUGUGACCUACCACUGUACUCUGUCGCUUGUGGCGACCUCGAUACUACAGCAAUCGACUUGGAGCCUCUCUUGGAGUCUAUCUUCGCUCAGGCUCAGAAAUGGAAAUGCGUUCUGCUUCUAGAUGAGGCCGAUAUCUUACUCACGCAGCGAGAUGAUAACGCGAAAGACAACAGCCCCGCGUCAGUUCUCUUUCGCGUCCUCGAGAACUACAAAGGAAUCCUCUUCCUCACCACCAAUCAACUCGGCAAGAUCGACAAGGCCCUCCAGUCUCGUAUCCUCGUCAACCUCUUCUACCCGCCCCUUAACAAGAGGGCCACGCACAAGCUCUUCCGCAAGAACUUAAGGCUUGCCAAGACGAACGGGAUCGAAGCCGACUUUUGGGAAAUCCGCGUUUUUGCCAUAGAGCAUUACAAAAACACCGCACCGGAACGGCGAUGGAAUGGCCGCCAGAUCCGACGCGCCUUUCAAAUUGCGAUUGCGAUUGCCGAGCAACGCGCGGCGGAGAAGAAUAAAAAGGCCGUCAAGAAGGGCAGACGCCAGGGUCAUAAACCGUGCAUGAAAUGGUGCGAUUUCGAACUAAUCGAACAGUCCCUGUCGCGGUUCGAUGAUUUUGCUCAGAAAGUUCGUGAUGUGGUUCAACCGGAUCUCGCGACGCAGAACGAUGAUCGAGACGAUGAUCCGGGGCUGAAUCAAGAUAGGGGGUAUGAGUCAUCAAUAUACUCGUAUUCAGUAACUGAUGACGAGGUCUGGGAGACUUGCAAGGAGUACUGA